AUGAGAGCCUGGCUCUACAGCCACACCAGCCCGACCCUCGAAGCCAACCUCACCCUGGAGCCCUGCGCCCGCGCGCCUCCAGGGCCUCUCAAGCCGUCGCAAGUCCUCAUCCGCGUGCUGACCGCCGCCCUGAAUCCCGCCGACUACAAAGUCCCCGCGAUGCCGCUCAUCACGACGGCCCUGAUCCGCAAACCCGCCAGCCCGGGCCUCGACUUCGCCGGGGAAGUCGUCGCCACCGCCGACAACCACAACAAUAGCACAUCAUCGUUCAGACCCGGCCAAAUCGUCUACGGCACCCUCGACCUGCCCACCCAAUUCGGCUCGCUGGCCGAAUACCUCAUCGCCCGAGAAGAGAACCUCCACCCGAUCCCCGCGGGGGUCGAGGUCGACCACGCCGCGACCGUCGGCGUGGCGGGCAUGACGGCGUGGCAGUCGAUCGCGCCGUUCAUCGCCCCGGACACCGGGGCCAACGUCUUCAUCAACGCCGGGUCCGGCGGGUGCGGGAUCUACGCCAUCCAGAUCGCCAAGGCGCUGGGGUGCACCGUGACGACGACGUGCUCGACCAAGAACGUGCCGUUCUGCCGGGAGCUGGGCGCGGACGAGGUGCUGGACUACACCGCGGAGGAUGUGGUGGCCGUGCUCAAAGCCAAGGGCCCCGUGUUCGACCACGUCGUCGAUCACAUCGGCCUCCCCGCCGAGAUGUACAACGAGUGCCAUGCCUUCCUCAAGCCGGGCAAGGUGUUCGCCCAGGUCGGCGCGACCCGGUUCCCGACCUUCGCGACGCGGCUGCUGCGCCCCGGCUUCUUGGGCGGCGGGAAGCGGAGGUACCUGCCGAUCUUCUGGAAGCCCAGGAAGGCGGAUCUGGUCACGGUGGGGGAGCUGAUCCGGGAUGGGAAGGUGAAGGUUGUGCUGGAUAGUGUCUACGAGUUUGAGGAGGCGCCCAAGGCUUUCGAGAAGUUGCGCUCGGAGCGGGCGCGCGGGAAGGUGGUGGUGCAUGUAUCGAGUCGAGACUAG